AAAUAGGAAAAUUUUUCUGCUACCUGCUACAGAAUGGCUCAAGAAGCUGAUAUGCCAGCAUUUAAGUGUGUCCUUGUUGGGGACGGAGGUACUGGAAAAACAACCUUUGUUAAAAGACACUUAACUGGCGAAUUUGAAAAGAAGUAUGUUGCCACACUUGGCGUGGAAGUACAUCCUUUGGUGUUCCACACUAACAGAGGUGCAAUUCGCUUUAAUGUUUGGGAUACUGCAGGGCAGGAAAAAUUCGGAGGCCUUAGAGAUGGUUACUACAUUCAGGGUCAGUGUGCGAUUAUAAUGUUUGAUGUCACAUCACGUGUUACAUACAAGAAUGUACCCAAUUGGCAUAGAGACCUUGUAAGGGUCUGUGAAAAUAUCCCAAUAGUUCUUUGUGGAAAUAAGGUUGAUAUUAAGGACAGAAAAGUUAAAGCAAAAAGUAUUGUUUUCCACAGGAAGAAGAAUUUGCAGUAUUACGAUAUCAGUGCAAAGAGCAACUACAAUUUUGAAAAGCCUUUCCUGUGGUUAGCUAGAAAGCUAAUUGGUGACCCAAAUCUGGAGUUCGUUGCCAUGCCAGCUCUUGUGCCUCCUGAGGUGACAAUGGACCCAACAUGGCAACAACAAAUUGAAAAUGAUCUGAAGGAAGCAUCAGAGACUGCUUUGCCUGAAGAUGAUGAAGACCUGUAAGACACUUUUAAUUCUGCUCCGAAGUACCCAUGCAUAAAAUUUGUUUUUACUGCCACAGUCAAGAGAACUCUGCCUUGUUACAUAAA